AAAAAAACGCUUAUUGGAAAAUAUCGAAAUUUGCGCGAUUGUUUUCAUCUCCGAGUGGCGCGCUUUUUUAUUUUUUUUUUUUGCAAAUUUGUACGCUUUCUUAUGUAAAAAAAGAAAUUAUAGGAACGUGAAAUUUCGACUCGUAAACUGUGUGUUAAAAUUGGCAGCUUUCGGUUGCUAUCAUAUUUAACGGUACAAAUCAACUUCCGCCUACAGUUUCUUAGUGAAUAAAGUAGUGAAACAAUUACCAGAUAUCCAUCGCGGCGCGGUGAGCAGCAAUACGUCUGGCAAGCGUUAGGCGAGCAGCUGGUAGUGAGAUUUAAAUACAGAAAUGCCCAUCACAACGGCAUCGACGGUUGUUGAAUGUUCCUCUGCUGUAGCUCCAACACUUUCCUUUGAACGGCGAUCGUUGCUGCUGAUGGCGUUGUUGGCGCUAUUGAGCGGAUCAGUGCGAAUUGCGAACGGUGAAUACAUCUCACACCAUUAUCAGCAUAACUUCACUUGUGUGGACUGGAAGCGUGCCCCCGAGGCAGCGGUUGGCAAUUGCACGCGCUAUGGACGCUACGGGGCGUUGCGCUGCUAUGGUGGCAUUAAUAAUUUGCCAGCAAUACCCGAACAAAAAGUGCAGCGCCUAGAGGAGAUCAUCUUCUGCGGGUGGCCCGAACGUGCAUUUAAUCCGCUCACCGAUUUGCAGCCAUUCCCGAAAAUACGCUCGCUCACGAUCGAAUACAGCGAGCUGCGAGAGUUCGUACUCGAUUUUCCCGAAAUGUUUUACCUGCAGUCCAUCAACAUAUCGUGGACGAAUCUUUCGCAAAUAAACGCUCGCACUUUCAAGCGUGUGCACGCCUUGCGUGUGGUCGAUCUCCGUUGGAAUAAGCUGGUGCAAUUGGAUGGUCCUCUCUUGCUGCCGCGCUACUUUGAAAAGCUCUACUUAGCUGAGAAUCCAUGGAACUGCACACGCAACUUUAAGUGGCUGCUGAUACCCGAGAAGGGCGAAAUGGUUGCUGAUCGUGAUGAGAUCAUAUGCACGGAUAAAAAGUAUAAGGAACGUCACAUGUUGACUGUGAUGAAUUACAAGGUGAUGCUCCGCACAGAGUGCCAAUCACACGCGGAUUUGCAGAAUUGCACCUGCACUAUGCAUCACAUCAUACCAAAAACUCACAUACCACUCUACACGAUCAACUGUAGUAAUCUGCAAUUUCAUGCGAUGCCCAACUACAUACCGGCCAAUACAACGACGGUAUAUUUGAAUGAUAAUCAGAUCACCGAUGUACUCCCUUUGCGCAACAAUCCCACUUAUCGUCACGUGGUGGAUGUACAUUUGGACAAUAAUCGCAUCGAGAGCAUCGAUGUGCUGGAGGGCGGCUAUUGGUUUGAGCACUUUCGCUUGCUCAGCUUGCGCGGAAAUAAAUUGCAAAAGAUGCCCGUUUAUGCGCUCGAUAACGCGCUCGACGAUAACCCGAAUGCGAAUCUAUUGCUACUUAGCGGCAAUCCCUGGCAAUGUACCUGCAUCUUUACGAUGCGCUUCCGCGAGAUACUCAUGAAAUAUAUCGAGAUAAUGCGUGACGCUGGCAACAUCACAUGCAACUACAAGCACAUCAGUCCGUUGCGGCGUGCUAAUGUGUUGGCGAUCACGCGUGAGGAUGUCUGUAAACCGGAGGAGGAACCAAAAAUAUAUCCACUGGACUUAUUGAAUGGUGUAUUGGCCUUUCUGAUAGUGCUGAUUCUGAGCAAAUUGGCGUAUGACUACUAUCACUAUAAGAAUUAUGGGCGCGUGCCGUGGAUUGUAAUGAAGUUGCCAUAAAUGGAUUUAAGGAAGCUCAAAUAGCAAAAAACAAAAUGUCUCAUUUGUAAUUAGUUCACAUUUGGUGAACUGAAUUAAGUUAUGUAAAUGGAGCUUGACAUUCAAGAGUAACCAGAAUUGCAUUAUAAACAGUUGGAUUGUAAGCUAUGAAACAAAUGUGAUUGUUAGAAAUAUUCCCUAUGAUAUAUGUAUGUAUGUAUGUAUGUAUAAGUAUUUGUGUGCUAUUAGUUUAGAAAUUAGAGCUUUUUUUCAAAAUCAAUAUAAAGCUGCUCCAGGGAUGAGUGUAAACGAGCAGAGUGAUUAUUAAAGACACGCCAAAAGAAAGAAAAAGGACUGGCAGUAUUACCGUUCGCACAACUGUCGGUUCUACGUUACGAGAACGACCCGGAUUUAUAUUCGGGUAAGGACGGUCACUCCAGCAGCAUUCCAAAAACAUUUAUGGAGAAUAUUAGAUAAUGUUACAACAACAAAAACACAGCAACAGCAGCAGAAAUUCAGUAUUACAACGAAUUGAGUCAUGAAGUGGAGUAGAUUAAACUACUACUUAUUGCGUUUGGACGGACACCUACAUACCAGAUUUGUAUAUGCCUAAUAUAAGAUGUGCCAUGAGCCUAAUUUCCACAUACAUUCAAUUCACUUGCCGCCUCAAACUAUUGGGUUGUUCGGAGAGUAAUUUCGUUUUUUUUUUUUUUUUUUUUUUGUGGUGAACAUGAAAGACGAUCUCAAACCCAGGCCUUUCAGGUGGUCACAAACAGUUGAAUUCGAUAAAUUUAACCUGUCAUCGAUCUCACGUGUUGUUAUUCGUCGAUUUGCAUGAACUAAUGCCUUUACCGCGUCUUUAUCGGCUUCAACCGGCCUUCCAGAACGUGGUGCAUCUUCGACAUCAAAAUUGUCGGAUUGAAAUUUGGCAAAUCAGUUCUGGCACUGGCGUAUUGUCAACACAUCUUCUCCAUACACAUCGGUUAAUUUCUUUCUGGCUUGAACAGCAUUUUUACCUUUUCUAUAGUAAAAAAGUAAAAUAUGACGAGAAUACUGCUUAUUGCUUUCCAUAUUUAAAAGAGCACCGACCAAAAACUACUGCGAAAAAUCAAUUGAACUUAUUCACACACAAGCCUUUCUAUAUCAGCUAUCAAAACAUGUAAUGACAAUGCGACUUAAGUGUGAAGUUAGCUGUGAAAAAAUACAAUUAAAUCCUCUGUCGGGAAAAAGCGAAAUUACAACCCAAUAACUCAUCUAAUACCCGUCUGUCUUUGGUCCCACCAUGAUGAAACGGCGCGUUUCGAGCACCUAUUGCUUAUUGCAGGCCACUUGGUCGGUGCUUCACUGGAGUAAUGCCUAGUAAUUGCUGCUCCAACAACAACAACAACCCCGUUUGAUAUGGAAUAAAAAGAACAAAUAUGAGCAGCCUCUUAUUACUUGUUUUAAGUAUAAAACUCUUCAAAUCAAAACUCCUUGACCGAUCUUGCAAGUUGGUACUGUGUAAAACAGCAGCUCGAUCUGUUUUGUGCUAUGGAGCCGAAGGAAGCACAUUUAGUGAAAAAUACAAGGCAAAACUACAAAGCUUUGAAAGUGAAAUUCUCAGCUCAAUAUUUGGCAAGAUCAGGAAUUGAGCAACCAGCGCAUACGAUGGACUGAUGAACUGGAGAAACUAAUCAACAGCUAAAAUAUAGUUUGUUGCAGCGAAUGAGAUGGCUAGGCCACGUUAUGAGAAUGGACAGUUUAAGAACCUAAAGAAAAGUUCGAAAGGCGAAGACAGACACCAACAAAGCAAUAGGAAGAUCAAGAUCGAGUUGGAUAGAUGGAGUGAAAAAAGAUAUAUAGCAACUAAAACUGGAGGUAGAAAACAACAUGCCGAGCAGCUUGGAGGCGUACUCUUUAGCAGCCCAAAACUAGCAGGAAACUGUAACGCGAAACGAUGAUGAGAAUGAAGCUGUAAGAAAUUUUUUUUUUUGUUGUGGUGUACGCAAUCUGUCGGCCAUUGAUCUUUCAUGUCCAAGCGAUAAGAAACUGCAAUUAAUUUAACACAAAAAUGCUUAGCUUUAAAAUACGAAUAUAGAAAUCUAUAGCGGCGAAAAAUGCUUUGUCAAUUAGUCUCAUUUUAUUAGAAAAAUUGUAUAAGUAAAAAACAAAGUAUUUUUAAAUUGAUAAAACUCGUUGUUGUAAAUAAAGUUUUAUAGGCAUUUAA